GAAGCGCGCAUGGACGUGAUGUCCAGCAACGCUCGGAGCGUUGCCAGCGCGUUGCAAGCCGAUCACAGGAUUAGCAAAGUCCAUUUUUUGGGGUUUGAAAGGAACGCAGAGAUGAGAGCCUGUCCCGGCAACAUGAUCGCUUUCUACCUCGACGGCCAGAAGGAGGAUGCUGUGAGGUUUCUGGAAAACCUUUUGCUGAUCAAGCUGGUGGGCUCCUUCGGGGACUGCUGCACCAUCAUCGACCUGCCAUACACUAUGUUUGCCGAGACAGGGGCAGACCUGAAGUGUGGCAUCGCCGACAACUUGUUACGGCUGUCAGUCGGCUUGGAGGAUGCUCAGGAUAUCAUUUGGGACCUUUUGAGUGCUCUUAGCAUUGCCAUGCCAGCACCCUCGCCAUGAUUUUGCGAGCACAAGACUCACUCUAUGACGAGCACAAGCCGUACGUGCUUGCGUGCCUCGACCUCUUGAAACUCUUGGUCACCAAUGUGUUUUUGUGCAUGUCUUCUCGAAGGAGAGAUAUGGAGACAUUGUGCUGGCAGAGGCAGCAGAU